CAGGCUCAAACAGAGAACCCGUUUGACUGCACCAACACCCCAUCCACCCUACGACAUGCCGCCAAAAUCAUCAGCUGGCAAGGAGAAGGACCUCGCGAAUGAUGAGGAGGUCCUACAAGCAGUAAUCCUCGCGGACAGCUUCAAUAAGCGCUUUAGACCGCUCACGGUGGGCAAGCCCAGGUGCUUGCUGCCCAUAUGCAAUGCGACGCUGCUCGAUUGGACGUUCGAGAGUCUGGCACUGGCGGGCGUGCAGGAGAUCUUUGUGAUAUGCAGGUCGUAUGCUGACCUCGUGAAGAAGGCUAUUCGAGAGUCGAAAUGGUCGAGACCGAGCUCCGGCCUGAAGAUCGUACCCAUCAUCACGGCAAAGGAGACCUUCUCCCCAGGAGAUGCCAUGCGCGACAUCUAUACGCAUGGGAUCAUCACCUCCGACUUCGUGCUCGUUAUGGGUGACCUCGUGAGCAAUAUCCGCAUCGACGAGGUCGUUCGCGCGCACAAGGAGCGCCGCCGGACGAAUAAGGAUGCGAUCAUGACUAUGGUGGUGAAGGAGAGCGGGCUUCAGCACAGGACAAAGCCAAGAGGCGAAUCUGGGGUCUUCGUACUCGACCCGGAUACUUCUGAAUGUCUGCACUACGAGCCUGUCAUCGGGUAUCCCCCGAAGACUCACGCACGGAUACCGCGCGAGAUCCUGGCCGAACACCCUGAACUUGACAUCCGGAAUGACCUCAUUGACUGCUGCAUAGAUGUCUGUUCUGCAGAGGUUCCGUCCUUAUUCCAGGACAAUUUUGACUACGCGGACAUCCGGAGAGACUUCGUCUACGGUGUCCUGACAUCCGAUCUUCUCAUGAAGAACAUUCACUGCUAUAUUGCGAAGGAGGGCUAUGCGGCACGUGUUGCGGAUACGCGUAGCUACGGUGCCAUCAGCAAGGACAUAUUGUCGCGUUGGACGUUCCCCUUAGUGCCAGACAACAACCACCCAGGCGGUCAUGCAUACGAGCAUCUACGUGGUAACAAGUACAUUGCCAAAGACAACACUGUCGUCAUGUCAAGAACUGCGAGGGUCGGGUCAAAUACGCUCAUUGGCGCACACACAACAAUAGCUGACGGCGCAUCCAUAUCUGGAAGCGUGAUCGGGCAGCGGUGCAAGAUCGGUCCUGGCGCUGUGCUGAAGGGCGCAUACAUCUUCGACGACACAGAGAUCGGCGCCGACACACUGGUGGAGAACAGCAUCGUUGGCUCGGGCGUGCGGAUUGGCGAAGGCAGCACUGUGCGAACAGGCUGUCUCAUUGCGGACGGCGUGGUUCUGGGGAAGAAUGCGCGAUUGGCUCGCUUCGACAGGAUCUCACGCAGACGAGAUCUCGUAGACGGCGAGUCGACGGAUGGCGAAGAGGACGAGGAAGAGUGGGAAAUGGUCGAAGCCCGUACUAACAUCUGUUUGGGCUCGGGCUCGAAUGCAGUUGUCUGGCCACAAUCUCAUUCGGAAGAAGAGGAUGAAGAGAUCGACGAGGUUGAGUCAUAUAACAACCAGCGUCUCAUGCGCAUGGGAGACACCGCGUCAGACCUUGAUCUCUCCGACGCAGGUUCAGUCACGGAGGACGAAUCAGACUCCGAGGAUGAAGACGACGCUUCCUCGAUCAUGAAUGGCCUCUCGCGCACAUCCUCCAUGACUUCCGUUUCCCUCCCCGACCCAUCCGUUUCUACCAUCCACAACCUCCAAGCCUCUGCAGCAGAAUCGGAGUUCCGCUCAGAAGUUAAGCAGUCGCUCGAUCGUGCCUUCGCAGAAGAACACAGCGUCGACAACGCCUCUGUCGAACUCAAGACGCUCCGCAUGGCCAGCAACGUCCCUCUGAGGAGGGUACGCGAGUCUGUGGUCGAGGCUAUCGUCGAGCGCAUCCCCAUCGUCGAAGGUGAUCCUGGCAAGCAACGAACGGAGAUCGCGAAGAUGGUCGCGAGAUGGGGGCCGCUGAUCGACCGGAUUGGCGGUAUUGAUCCUGUCGAGACUGUCGAAGUGCUCGCGAACCAUUGUGCACAGUCGACGCGUCUGCCACUCUUCGGUCAAAUACUCGCGGCUCUCUACCAGGCUGACAUCGUCGACGAAGACGACAUCCGAGCCUGGCAUGUACGCCCUUCGUCAAAGGGAGAGGGCUACAAACCCGACUCACAUAGAGAGGGGCUCGAGAAGUGCUGGAACAUUGGCAAGAUGAUGAUCGAACAGUUCGACGAGCAAGAGAGCGACGACGAGAGUGGAGAGGACGAGGAGGAAGAGGAGGAGGUCAAAGCGGACAGUAGGCAAGCCCAUGCUAAGGCGGAAAGUAGCGAAGAGGAGAGCGAAGAGGAGGGUGCGGAAGAGGAGAGCGAGGAGGAGAGUGAAGAAGGCAGUGAGGAGGGGAACGAAGGGGAGUGUGAAGAGGGCAGCGAUGAGAGCGAAGAGGAGGUGCAUGUCGCGAAGACCGCUGUCUCCGAGAAGACACUCGCGUCCGGUGAUGUCUCCGCCGCGAAUGUUCAACAGACGGAGACUCAGACUACGAUCCUGGCGUCGACGUCUACUAGCACCACCGAGCCAGUCGUGACAUCUCCGGCGACGGUCUCAACAACUCAAACUGCUGCAGCUUCGGCAGAGUCAUCCGUAUCGGUCGAUGCAGCGACUCCUGCCACUGUCAAGCAAGUCGAGCCGGCAGGUCCAGCAAGCAAGCAGGCAGCAGCGGUUAUCGAGGAGUCAAAACGAACCGUCGUCGUGUCAUCGGCGGAUGAGACUGCAAAUACGGUACCAUCAGGUCCAUCGACUUCAGCAUCACCCGUGCACGCUACGGUCAAUGUUGCACCGGGUGCCAUACAGGGCGGCAGGAAGACCGCCACCGACGAGGACGAAAGCGAAGGGAGCGAAGAGAGUGAAGAAGAGAGUGGUGAGGAAGCUAGCAGUAGCGGUAGUGAAGAGUCGGGCAGCGAGGGUAGUGGAGAAGAUAGUGCAGACCAUGGCGCCGGCGAAGAGGACAGCAGCGAGGAAGAAAGUGAGUAGAUAGAACAGGAUUUGCAGGCAUCAGUAUGACACUGUAUACUAAUCAUUGCUUUCGUCUAUCCACCUGUACCUAUAACAUUCCCGGACAAUGAAUCCAAGUCGUAGAACUGACGUCCCGCCUACGUACUCUUUCGUUGCAUGAUACUACGCACAACACGCCCACCGUGUCAAGCACACAUUGAUGUACAAACAUACUAGUGCGCGUUCCUUGGCCACAUUGCGAUGUUUCGGAAAGGGCGAGCGCAUCACAGUGCCAUGCGGGCCUAGGAAUGAAACGACCCUCUCCAAGACA